ACUGACAGGAGAGAGCCACACAGCGGGACGUAUCAAUAUUUACAUCCUGGGGACGGCGGAAAAUGGGUGAUUCUUGGCUUCUCUGUCUCUGGCUAGUCACAGUGACAGCCACGUUGACUCAAUCUGAGAGUGUGACAAAUACAACCGGCUCAGGGGUGGGAUCCAGUCUUCCCGCUCCACCCGAGACGACCCCCAGCCGCAAACUCACCGAAGAAGAGAUAAAGAAAAUGAUCAUCGAAAGGAACGAUAUUUUGGGCGACCCGCCAAUCUACAUCACCCUGCCCAUCCUGCUGAUCCUGGUGGUGUACGUUCCUGUGUUCACCGUGCUGAUUCUGUGUGAAAUCCGCGUGCAGAGAGCCAGGAGGGUCCACCCGUCCGCACAGCAGUGGGGGAAGACACUGGGCGUUCCCACGCCGGACUGGAAUGACAGGGCCCAGUGGGGCAGAAUGGCUCCCGUACCGGACUGGAACGCUAUAGAUAUUUAUUGAUACUCUAUGGCCUUUCCAACAAGCGUGUUAUCCUGAAUGCGUGCAUUCUUGGGAUAGCCGUGCAUGUGUCCUAAAAAGAUUUAGCUAUCUUGUACGUGUUACGGAAAAGGCUGCCUUAGAUCCUUCCCCGAGGUUAGUACAGCUAAUUCAGCCUGCUUGAAAGUAUUGCGACAUCAAAAACUUACGACAACCCACGAUCGUUACAGCACCAUUUCAAUUACAGAGAGGUCUCCUAUAUGACUGUUCAGCCGUAUGCCCAACGCUGCAUGUAGUCUUGAUGUAAAUUAACAAACAAUCAACGGAAGCCAUAUAUGUCGUAUUGGUCUCUAUUAACUGACUCUAACACAAGAGUUCAUCGGUUUGGAAUGAAAGUCAGAUGCUUGUAGCUGUAAAAUAUGCUUGAUAUACAUAUUGCCUUGAAAGCAAUGUAAAUGAAUUUACAUUGCUUGUAAAUGUAUUUGAUUCAAGUUAAUGUGCUCAUGUCUUGUAAUAACACCUGGUUAGAUUUGCUGAUUAAAGUGUCCGUUAAGGAAAUGCAAAAUUGCAAAAAAUUGUAAAAGAAUAUCAUAC